GCACAGUGUUGGCUGCGUCUGUCUCAGUACAGCAUCUCCUGUGUCAUUGCAGUGAACCAGUGAACGCACCACUGAAACAAAGGGUGAGCCGCUAUGGGGAAAGAGAAGCUCCACAUAAACAUUGUGGUGAUCGGACAUGUCGACUCAGGCAAGUCCACCACCACCGGCCACCUCAUCUACAAGUGUGGGGGCAUUGAUAAGAGAACAAUUGAGAAGUUUGAGAAGGAAGCUGCUGAGAUGGGAAAGGGUUCCUUCAAAUACGCCUGGGUUCUGGACAAGCUGAAGGCUGAGCGUGAGCGCGGCAUCACCAUUGACAUCUCUCUUUGGAAGUUUGAAACCAGCAAGUACUACGUCACCAUCAUUGAUGCUCCAGGACACAGGGACUUCAUCAAGAACAUGAUCACUGGGACUUCUCAGGCUGACUGUGCUGUGCUGGUCGUGGCUGCAGGCGUUGGUGAGUUUGAAGCCGGCAUCUCAAAGAACGGGCAGACUCGUGAACACGCCCUCCUCGCCUACACCCUGGGAGUAAAGCAGCUCAUUGUGGGCAUCAACAAGAUGGAUUCCACUGAGCCCAACUACAGCCAGAAGCGCUACGAGGAGAUCGUGAAGGAAGUCAGUACUUACAUCAAGAAGAUCGGCUACAACCCCGACACCGUGGCCUUUGUGCCCAUCUCCGGCUGGAACGGAGACAACAUGCUGGAACCCAGCCCCAAUAUGACCUGGUUCAAGGGCUGGAAGAUCAACCGUAAAGACGGCAAUGCCUCAGGCACCACCCUGCUGGAGGCUCUGGACGCCAUCCAGCCUCCCACGCGCCCCACUGACAAGCCCCUCCGCCUGCCUCUGCAGGACGUCUACAAGAUUGGAGGCAUUGGGACCGUACCAGUGGGCCGAGUAGAGACAGGAGUCCUAAGACCUGCCAUGGUGGUGACCUUUGCCCCUGUCAAUGUUACCACUGAGGUCAAGUCAGUGGAAAUGCACCACGAGGCCCUGGACCAGGCGCUUCCUGGUGACAAUGUGGGCUUUAACGUCAAGAAUGUGUCCGUCAAGGAUAUUCGCCGUGGCAACGUGGCUGGAGACAGCAGGAACGACCCACCACAGGAGGCGGCCGGCUUCACCGCUCAGGUGAUUAUCCUGAACCACCCUGGUCAGAUCAAUGCUGGCUACGCUCCCGUGCUGGACUGCCACACUGCACACAUCGCAUGCAAAUUUGCAGAGCUCAAGGAAAAGAUCGACCGUCGGUCUGGUAAGAAGCUGGAAGACAACCCCAAGGCCCUGAAGUCUGGAGAUGCUGCCAUUGUGGACAUGAUCCCCGGCAAGCCCAUGUGUGUGGAGAGCUUCUCUGAGUACCCGCCACUGGGGAGGUUUGCGGUCCGUGACAUGCGUCAGACUGUGGCAGUGGGAGUGAUUAAAGGCGUGGAAAAGAAAGCAAUCGGCAGCGGUAAGAUCACCAAGUCCGCACAGAAGGCGCAGAAGGUCAAAUGA